AUGUUAAUGAAGGAAUACAGGAUAUGCAUGCCCCUCACUGUGGAGGAGUAUCGGAUCGGGCAGCUGUACAUGAUCAGUAAACACAGCCACGAGCAAAGCGACCGCGGGGAAGGCGUGGAGGUGGUCCAGAACGAACCCUUCGAGGAUCCCACUCAUGGCCAAGGACAGUUCACAGAGAAGCGAGUCUACCUCAACAGUAAAUUGCCCAGCUGGGCUCGUGCAGUGGUUCCAAAAAUCUUCUAUGUCACAGAGAAAGCAUGGAACUACUACCCUUACACCAUAACAGAAUACACUUGCUCAUUCCUGCCCAAGUUCUCCAUUCACAUAGAGACAAAAUACGAAGACAACAAAGGAUCGAAUGACAAUAUCUUUGACACUGAGCUGAAGGACCAGGAGAGGGAGGUGUGCUUUGUUGACAUCGCCUACGACGAAAUCCCAGAACGCUACUAUAAAGACUCUGAGGACUUGAGAUAUUUCAAGUCGGAGAAGACCUCACGGGGAGUUCUGCAGGAAGGCUGGAGGGACACGCAGGAGCCCAUCAUGUGCUCCUAUAAACUGGUCACAGUGAAGUUUGAGGUGUGGGGUCUGCAGACACGAGUGGAGCAGUUUGUUCACAAGGUGGUUCGGGAUGUGCUGCUGCUGGGACACAGACAGGCCUUCGCCUGGGUGGAUGAAUGGAUCGAUAUGACUUUGGAUGACGUUCGGGAUUACGAGAGACAAAUGCAUGAGAAAACCAACAUUAAAGUUUGCCAUGAGCAGCAAGAGCACUCUGCAACAAAACCAUCUUCACUGGAUGACAUAGAGAUCCAUGACCGAGCAAGUACAUGACAAUGGAUGAGGUGAGAGAGUUUGAGCGCACCAUCCAGGAGGCCACCAAUCAGAAGAUUGGGAUGUUUCCCCCGUCAAUCUCCAUAAGCGAGACAACCCUUUCCUCCUGUGCACUCACCGGCCCCGCCAGCGCCCCCUCCACUCCCAUGUGCACUGAUGCUCCCGAGUCCCUCUCCGUUCCCAAGGACCGACCCCGCAAAAAGUCCGCUCCGGAAACCCUGACCCUUCCCGACCCCACUGCAAGUGAAGCUCCCCAGGGCUCUCCCUCAAACCCAACACCCACAUCGAACCACCUCCCAACAUCCACACCGCCUUCCAACUCUGAUCUCGCUGAAAUUGGCGAGCAGUAGGACAGUGGAAUGUCUUCCCCCUCGUUCUCCCCCUAUACCCCCCUUUACCUGUUGUCUUAUGAGCCCAAUGUUGGUCUAACGUAGGCUCCAAAUACCAGUGCCCUGACAUUCAACUUCUUCAGCCAUAUCCAAUGAUUUACCAUAACUCUUGACCACCACAAUCACUUUAGAAGUAUUCCACCACGGCAGCUGCUAGCUCAGCCACUUUGCUGACCGUGAGCCUGGCCAGCCACAGGUCACGCCCUUUUUACUCAGAAGUGCAUGCUGUUUAUUAAAAGCUACCAUCAUUUUCUUCGAGUGUCAGUUCUUUAUGUGAAUAAGUGGGAUUCUCAUUGCUUCCAUAAGUUGUCCUUUCUCCAAUCAGAUGAGCUGGCCAUGAACUAAUGGAUUGCGAUGUAGUUGCCUUGACACCUAAAAGCCAAGAUAUUGUUAAUUUCUCAUCUGAAAACUGGCUCUUUGUGUUAGCUUAGACAUUAGCUCAAUGAGGCAGACUGGAUCAGCUCAGUAGAAGUAACAUGUUAGAAAUGAUAGGCAUUGGCAAACGAUCAUAAACAAGUCCACUUAACCAUUUCCCGAGCCAACCAAACUGGCCUGUGGAUCAGAAUGUUUCCACCUUUUCAUCCCAAACUCAAACUGAGAGAUGCAAGAUUAGUACAAUCAUUGCUAGAAUACACCUCAGGUUUCCCUGACACUUUACUGGCUCACACUCCAAAGGCAGGGAGGUUACUGUACCAUUUUCUGCCUGCUAAUUGCCAAACAUAGGAAUUUUCUACUUCCACGGGCAGAGUAAAACCACAACUGUUGUAUGUCUGCUUAUACUAAUCUACUUAACCCUGGGAAUGUUUACACAUCAUUUACACAUUUCUGAGUUUAGCUGUCAUUGCAUCUGCGUUUGCAGAUCUAACAGGAUAGUUAGAUAACAGCGACAAAUCUCACUGAAGCUGACUGAGGUCCGAGCAACAAAUGUUCUCCUUGAUAACAAAGUCGAAAGUUGCCUAAAAUGUAUGCUGGACAUGCAUAUGAUAUAAAUGUGAUCCAUUGAGCAAAUCA